AUUAAGAAUUACACACCAGCGUCGAUUGAAAUUGACAUCCAUUUGUCAAGGCCCGUCUAGUCGGUGCUCGACACUCGUCAGGAUUGUACCUCUCGUUAUCUAACGUUCUCUAAUCAAAUUUUCCAAAGAUCCGUGAUCGAAGAAGUAAUAGGAACGAUUCGAUUUCUUCGAAAGAUUCGAGUGAUUGUUCGUAUUCGAUGAUAGAAUCAAAGGUGUUGACGGUGUUAAGCAAUCGCGAAUUCACGGAACGUGGAAUCAACGAAGAACCUUUCUGAUAAUCGGAUUAUCCAACGGGCUUCAACGAGGUUUGCGUUUUUAAAACGCGAUUACGUGGCCGCUUUCUUCCGAUUAGAUUAUUUAUCGCGCCGGCGAAGCGGAUUCUUUGUGGUUUCAAGAGGGAAAGCGUCGAAUUCGAGCAUGACGAAGUGGGACAGUUCGGAAUCCGAGUGCUCAGAGGCUGAAGACUCAAAUGAGUUAGGGGCCAUAGUCAGCCCCGAGAUUUGCGCGAUGGACACUGUGGACAGUACCAGCAAACGUUCUGGAGGCCACAGCGGCCACAAGACAGUUUCAGCUACCCGAGUAUUCAAGAAAUCCAGCCUAAAUGGAAAGAUCACGGUAUACCUUGGGAAAAGAGAUUUCGUCGAUCACAUAACCCACGUUGACCCCAUUGACGGGGUCGUGCUGAUUGACCCGAACUACGUGAAGGAUCGCAAGGUCUUCGGGCACGUUCUAGCGGUUUUCAAGUACGGCAGAGAGGAUCUCGACGUUCUUGGUCUAACGUUUCGCAAGGAUCUUUACCUGGCCGCCGAACAGAUAUAUCCCGUGGUACCUGGUUCCCAGCAUCGAGAACUGACGCGACUGCAGGAGAGGCUGAUCAAGAAGCUGGGGAACAACGCUUAUCCGUUCUACUUCGAGCUACCACCUCAUUGUCCUGCUUCGGUGACGCUGCAACCGGCGCCUGGUGACACGGGCAAACCAUGCGGCGUCGACUACGAAUUGAAAGCGUUCGUAGGCGAAACGCAGGACGACAAGCCUCACAAACGGGAUUCCGUCAGGCUGGCGAUACGAAAAAUUAUGUACGCCCCGUCGAAACAGGGCGAACAACCGUCCGUCGAAGUGAGCAAAGAGUUCGUGAUGUCGCCGAACAAGCUGCACCUGGAGGCGUCCCUCGACAAGGAGCUCUACCAUCACGGCGAGAACAUCGCUGUGAACGUGCACAUCGCGAACAAUAGCAACCGGACUGUGAAAAAGAUCAAAGUGUCCGUGAGGCAGUUCGCGGACAUUUGUUUGUUCUCCACCGCACAGUACAAGUGUACGGUCGCCGAAGCAGAAAGCGAGGAAGGGUGCCCAGUGGGGCCAGGUUUCACGCUGAGCAAAGUGUUCUCUCUGACACCGCUUCUCGCCAACAACAAAUAUAAAUGGGGUCUUGCCCUCGAUGGCCAGAUCAAAGACGAGGACACAAAUCUGGCGUCCAGCACCCUCGUGGCGGAUCCCUCGCAACGUGAGAACCUGGGAAUUAUCGUUCAGUACAAGGUGAAAGUGAAACUUUGCCUCGGUGCACUUGGAGGAGAAUUGGUCGCGGAGCUGCCAUUCAUCCUGAUGCACCCGAAACCGGAAGAAGAGGAACCGGCGCCACCCACCGCGCGGCCCAGUCCGACGCAGAAAGCGGACAGCGGUGAAAUACCGCUCGACACGAACCUCAUUCAGUUGGACACGGAGGCUGACGGCGACGACGACAUAAUCUUCGAGGACUUUGCCCGUCUAAGGCUGAAGGGUGAAACGGAUGCCUGACCACGUUGUUCGCACACCGUCGACCUGUACGACACAGCGAAACGUCCGAUAUACGAGAAUGUCGUCGCGACACCGACGAAAAACGCGAGCCAGUUGAUUCUGUAAUCAGGUUCGACGGACCUUUUUGUAAGAAUAAAAGAAGAAAAGAAAAAAAAAAAAUAAGAAAACGCGAACCACCGAGCGAAGCGUUGAGAAACGAACGACUCGAGUCACACGAGAUUCCACGAGUUUUCGCAUUGUUCUUCGACGACUCCGAUCAUCGAAACGAUGUUUCCAUUCCUCUCGAGAUGUAUUUACUGUCCGAUAUGAAAAAAAAAUGGACACGGAAUGGUACUAACUUGCUGCACAGAGAAUCAAAGAUGCACACUAAGAAGAUCACAGGAGGACAGACGAACGAGUCGUCGAGAAAGGAUCGUGAAUUACGUUUAUGGGAAUGAUUGACGAAGAAGUUUUCACGACGAGACAUCAAUGGAUGAAAGAAACCCAAUCUUUAGCCAAUGUAUUUAUCGAUAUAUCGACGAGAAAGGGAUCCGUUUUUUUUUCUUUGUUUUUUUUUUACUGGAGACGAUAAGUCUCUUCAUCAAGACUAUAAAACUGAACAGAUUUCUUUUCUGUAAACUUAGUCACAUGGCCAGUAUGUAAUGCAGUCAGUGUUACACGUUGAUUCGCGCAAAAUUUCAUCUGUUUGUCACAGAUACUUUAUAGAUGUAACGUUUGCGUCUGUUCUUAUGGCACACCUUUGUUAAUUCAAUAAAUUUUUUUUUACAACUGAAAUUAAAAUAAAAAGAUGUCAGAUUUCUCGAAUGUGAAAUUAAAGCACUUUGUACGGAGAACUAUUGGUGUGCUACGAGAUUAAGAAUGUUUGUUUUCGGUGUAAUCGAACAAGAUAAAUUGAGAUUUUCUUAAUGAAAGCAUCGCAACAAAUUCAACGAAUCCUAUUUAACCCUUGUGUUAAUAACGAAAAUGUUCAUGGUUGUUAUAACCAGGUAUUUGGAACGAUAUUAAAAUUUUGCGAUAGGAACACGAUGAAUUCUUGAAUGUCAAUGUGAGAAUGAGUAGCUGGGUAGCCAGUUAUUGACACAAGAGUCGAAUCAUACAAAUAUAUAGGUAAUAAUAUAAAUAUGUAUACACGUACGAGGAAAGUUUUAACCCUUUCGCUAUAACAGCGAUUGUAUAUUAAACGAUGGAGUCUGCCAUAUUAAUAAAACUUAAUUUGCCACAGAAAAUAUUUUUUUGAAUUGUUCUUUGGAAAAUUUCUGAAAGUAGCGAAAGGGUUAACGAUCAAAUUAAACGACAGUUUGAAACGAGCAUUAGAAGAAUUUCAACGUUUUAGCUUUUACACGUUUUAUAUUGAGGUUCGAGAAGGUAUUUGGAUUUUUUGCGAAUCGAACGAAAAACCACCUAAUCGUACGAUUUUCUAUUCCUUUUUUUACGCGUCACGUUUUUUACCGAACGAAAUAUCACACGUAUAGUGCCAUCCUGAUCACGCCCGUCGAAGAUUCUUGUUACAUUAUUCGUUUUUUAAAAAUGGAAGAAAAAAGAUUCACGCGAACGAAGAUCGAUUCAAUUUUAUUAUCGUUCAUCAGACGUAUCGAAGACUGUUUUUUGCGAAAUCGUACCAGCUGUUCCUACAAGGCAUCGAUUUCGAGUUAACGAGUCUCUCGUUGGAUCCUUUGGCGAAUUUCAACGCUCAUCGUUGAUUCUCUUAGAAUGAGAGGAAUUCAAGAACGAACUGGAAGAAUUCCAAACGCGAUCGAGAGAAUGGGGAUCAUUCCAGGUGCACGUGAUUAAUCUCAACUCCUUCAGGAGGGAAUAUAACGAGUAUUCUCUAAGUGGCGGAAUGAAACGAGUGCAGCGUCUUUGAAUCCAUGAAAGUUUACACCGUCAUUUUAAUCAAACCUCAAGCUUCGAUAUAUCACAAGUGCUGUUUCCGUCAGGAAAAUUUCCAGAUCAAGAAACGUUGGAUUCGAGAUCGCUGUUCUUUCGGAUCUGCGACUUAGGAGACAACAUCGUUGCGUGUAUGCGUGCGUGUAUGUGUUAAGUUAGCACGAUUGGAACAUUAAGGCGUCCGCUGUCAAUUAAUCUAAUUUACUUCGUUCGACGUCGAUGGUGUUCACGAAGGCGCCGCGAGGACAGCGAGCGCGUUAAUUUUAAUUCAACCUCUCCGUGUCGGCGAGAGUGUAAUUUGCGUGUAAAAUAAAUGAAGAAAAAAAAAAGAAUAAAUAAAUAAAUAAAUAAAGUUAGCGUUCAAAUUCGAUGUCUCAAGUCGGUGAUUCAAAACUGAAGAAACCAAGCCUGCUAUUUCGACGAAUAGUUAAUUAACAUCGUUCAAUCUUCCACGAAUUAAGUAGAAAACGAUAACGAACACGUACGAAGUCAAUUUCGAAAAAGGUUGAUUAGAAACGGCAGACGAUGGAUUAUCUUCGAUUCUGAACCACGAGCAACACUUUGGGCCCAGUGAAACGUCGAUCGUGCCACUGGCCUUUUGUAAUCGUGCACACGUUCUAUGUAUAUAAGAGGCAAGGAGAAAUAGUAUUUUUUAUCGAUUUAGCAUUUACAGAGUGUAUUUAGGAGAGACUACCGAUUAUACCAAAGCCAGCAUCUCUCUAUCUCUCUCUAUCUCUCUGUUCAGUGUUUCGAUUCUCGGUGAACCGAGCAACACUGUUUACCUCUAGAGAAAUUAUCCGACGAAGCAAUUAUCGAGCCCGUAUAAGUAAUUUGUAAAUGUCGAGUUAAUGUUUCAGCUAUCUAAGAGUAAUCGAAUGUAUCGGUCAUAAGUUUGGGGUCACUGUUCCGAAGGAUAAUUCUUCAAGAUCGAGAAGCGUUUCAAAUUUUAUUAUUUUAUCACUUAUACAGAAUUCACGCACAAAGACUUGUUAAUUGAAAAUUUAAUAUUCCCGUUUUCGACCCCAAGCUUGUGCGCGCAAGAAAAACCAAGAAACUAGAGAAACGACGAAGGAACGCAGGCUUGUACAAUACGCGCGAGAGUAUAUUUUGUAUCGGAGCGCGCGGGUGCGCGUCAGUAUUUUUUGUAUCAUAUUGAAAAUCAGACAUCACUGUAUUAAACGAGCGCAAGUUGGCCCACCAGGGGAUGGAAGGAAUCGUUACGUUACAGAGAUAAUGGCAAUGCAACGCUAUGCAUCCACAGUCAAUAAAGAAGAAAAAUGGGCAUUUUUUACCCAACACCUGUGUCGCGUCUGCCAGGUAUCGCUGAACGUAUGUCGUCGCGUGUUAACCCUUUCGCGAUCGAUAUUAUUUUUCAUUAGAACACGAAACUUAAGGAACCUUGUAAAAUAUCCGUUACAUACCCGUAGAGUCUUGACUCGAAAUAAAUGAAUGUUCAGGAAUGAUAUGAUCGCAAAGGGUUAAAGAGUUCAAGCAGGAUAGGGUACUUGCAACAAACGGAUAUUUUAGAUCACACAGGGAAUAAUUAGUUAGCGAUUAAGUUAAGCGACGAGUUAAGUAAAGGAAAAUGUCCAGGUCUUAGCAGCUACAUUAAGAGAUUACACGUAAUCGUGAUAAUUCGAUCUCCUGUGCGCUUAGGUGCAACGUGGGUUUCUUUUUUAAUUAAGAGAAAAUGAAGGAGUAUCCCAUCAAUCUCGAAAUCAAUGGCGAGUAAUGGAACACUCCACCUCCUACGUUUACCCUUAACCAAAAGAAUCCCUCGUUGCGGCAGAGUGUACAGCUUGCGACGAAAGGGGUGAGAAUUAGGACACGGAUGACGGUAUUGUCGCGUGUAAAUUGCGUUUUCAGUGGUUUAAUUUAUUCAUCGUAGGAAAACGUUUCGUUUAGUAGAUGUAUGGAUCACGCGAGUAGAAAAGAGAUUAAUUGGUAGAGUGUGUAUAAAAAGAGAAGAGAAAUGGAAGAGGAGAGUAAAUAGCGAGAUACGUAAUAUAUAAUAAUGUACAUGUAAAAAUUGUGUAUUCUCAUAUAAUAAUAGCUGUAAUAAUUUAAUAAAUCUUGUAUAUCGGA